UUUGGUCCUUUAGGGGAUCCGUACUUUUGCGCACGGGCAGGUCACUCGGCGGGGUCGUCGUGCGUUCCAGCCAUAGGCUCUAUAUAUACAUAUUAUUACAGUCUAUGGUUGCAGCCAAGGAAGGGAUCUUUAAGUUUCCUUGGGCUGAGAAUAGUUGUCGUACGCAGUAUAAUUGCGCCAUUACGGGUUUAUGUUGACAAAGCGUUAAGAGCGUGUCGGUAACCGGGUCACUAAUAUAACAUGGCUCUCAGAAGGGGGUGUUGGGGAUUUGCAGGGGUUGUUCCGCGGCUGUUCUGGAACACUACCGUCCUGUCUGGGUCUUCCGUCCCGGGAGCACGGAGCUCUGUGUUCAGCCUUGUCAACACGCACCACGGUUACAAAACUACAGAGUUGCUGCACCGCGGGUUCAGCUCCGCGCCUCCGAGCACGGAUGUGAGUUAUGAGCAGCUGAAGCAGCUCCUGGCUGGCCGGAAGGUCGUACUUAUAGACGUCCGAGAGCCCUGGGAACUCCGGGAGUACGGCGUCAUCCCCGGCUCAAUUAACGUUCCUCUGGGACAGGUGAACACUGCCCUCCAGCUGGGUCCGGAAGAGUUCAAUGAACAGUAUGGUGGUAAAAUGCCCCAGCAGACAGAUAACAUUGUGUUCACCUGUCUGAAAGGGAUCAGGAGCAAGGACGCACUCAACACUGCCGCCUCGCUGGGAUACAAAGAUGUUAAGCAUUACCCGGGUGGAUGGCAAGACUGGGUGAAAAAUGAAUGAAAUGAUCCAGUGAUAACAAAACAGAAAAGAAAUACGCUUUUUUUUGUUCCAGACUACACAAAUGACUACUUAACUGUAUGAUUGUGAGUUAAAAUGAAGCCACAGAUGUAUCUGCAGUUGUUGCCACAAUCAUUCAAUAAAUUAAAUUAUAGUUUUGAUUAGCAGUGAUAUUUA